AAUUUUUAGUAAAUCAAGAUUGCUUCUAAUGAACUAACAGUUGCAGGUUUGAAGAUCCAUUGAUCUGAGCUUGUUGUAAGAUAUGAAAUAUAAAUGGAUCUGCUAGAAAUAGAGAAAUUAGUAAUGCAAGCAGCAAUGAGAGGAGAUGAAAUUGUGAAUUUAAGUCAUCGAGGUAUAACUAUCAUAACAGACAGUUUACGCAAACUUGUAAAUACUAAAAAAUUAUCUUUAAAUGACAAUAAAUUGUUGAUGCCUCCAACAGAACUUAGUGCUAUGACCAAAUUAGAGGAACUUGUCUUAGACCAUAAUCAGUUGACUGUAUUUCCACCUGGAGUUGGAAAAUUGAAAAAUUUAAUGUAUCUCAGUAUAUGUUACAAUCCCCUAGGAAUGCUUCCUUCAGACAUUGGACAAUUAACGUCACUUACACAAUUGUGGUUAGUAGAAUGUCAACUUAUGAAUAUUCCACGUGAAAUAGGGAAUUUGCACAAUUUAGAAAAAUUGAGUUUAAGAUGCAAUAAUUUGUCAUCUUUUCCUAAAGAGUUUUAUAAAUUACAAAAACUACGUUGGCUGUGUUUUGCUGAGAACUACUUUCAAGAGUUGUCAUCAGAACUUGCGAAUCUGACAUCAUUAAGUUAUGUGAAUAUGAAUCAUAAUCGUUUUGAAGAUAUUCCUGAAUGUUUUAGUGAGUUACCUAAAUUAACUAGUUUAAAUAUGAAAGGUAACUAUAUACAGACUGUUAGUGAUGAUAUGUUAUUAAGUUUAUCAAACUUAACCAAGUUUGAUUUAAGAGACAAUCAAAUAGUCACCAAACCUACACAUUGGAAGGGUUUAGAGUACAUACUAAUAGGUGAAACAGGGUCUGAUAUUAUAUCAGCCGACUCCGAUUCAGAAGGUAGAUUUAAGGUAAUGAAUGAUACAAGUACAGAUAAUGAAAGUAAUAAUUUAGAUGAGGAAAGUGAAGAAUGCUGUGAAGAAUGCUCUGAAGAAGAAAAUACAUUCCAGAAAGAAGACUAAAUAUACUAAAAAAAAGUAUCUUUCACCCAUGGAAUUCAAAGUCAGCAUUAUAUUAUUAUGUGUUCUGAUACAAGUUAUGUUAUUGUUUUUCUACAGAAAAAGAUUGAUUUUGGUUAUUCUUUUGUUCUGUGUUUAGGCUCACCAAUAAAGAUGAUACAUAUUUUAUAAUG